UGUGUGUUUGUCGAUUUGAUCAUCAAAUGAAAAUGCAUCGAUCAACCAUCAUUUGUAUAUUAAUAUGGACAUUAUUGGCUAUUGAAUUUUGUUCUGCAUAUUAUUACACUGAACCACAACAACAAUACGGUAAUGGUGCCUAUCAAUUUUCUUAUCAAACCGGUACACAUAAUGAACCUGAUUUGGCACAAUCAUUUCGUGAAGAAAGUCGUGAUGAAUAUGGUAAUGUUCAUGGUAAAUAUGGUUACGUUGAUCCAUAUGGACAAUUAAGAAUCGUUAAAUAUCGUGCCGGAUCCGAUGGUUAUUAUGCUGAAGGUGAUGUAGGUGUUGAUCAAGAAGCACUUCGACAACAACGGUUAUUAUAUGGAAAUGAUCCAGCCACACGAACACAACAACAAACAUGGCAACAAGCUGGCCAAGGUUCAUCAUCUUCAGCAGCAGCAGCCGUAGCCGCUUCAGCUGCUGCUUCUGCUUCUUCAUCAGCAGCCGGUGGUGGUUAUUAUGGUGGCACAAAACCAGAUUGGACAACAGUUACCGAUAAUUCCAUUAGUCAACAAUACAAUAUUAAAGGUGGUAAUUCUAAAAGCCGAAAUAUCUACAGUGAACGUAUUGUAGCGGCACCGAUUCCUUCACCGGUUAAAACAUUGAAUUAUCUAUCCAAUCAAUAUAAUCAACGACAAGUGUUAACUAAUAAUCAAUAUCAAUUACCAGUAGUUCGACAAUAUACACACACGACAGUACAUCAAGUACCUGGUGCUAUACAGCCAACACCAUUCAUACCAACAGCAGCAGCUAGAUAUUAUCAAACUAAAUCAUAUAACCAACAACAAUAUUCUGGUGCAUUGAAAAGUCCAGCAGCUCGUUAUACGGAAAUUCAACAUCAGCAACAACAACCAGCAAUAACACCAUUCAAAUCAUUAACAUCUGCAUAUAAAUCAGCAUCAUCAUCAGCCUCUUCUGCUUCUGCAUCAUCAUCAUCGUCCGCAGCAUAUACAUCAGAUGGAUCAUCCAUUAAAGGUGGAUAUCGACAACAACAACAACAACAACAACAACGUUCAUCACGUUAUAGUAUUCCUGGUACAGGUCAAGCACAUGCACAGGUUAAUUUCAAACAAUAUGGACCAGCUGCAUUUCAAUAUUCAUAUGCAUUCUAAUAUUCUUAUGAUUGAAUCUAAAUGCUAAUUUAAUUUGGUUCGAUUCACUUUUUUUAUAAUAAAAAAACCCUGUUUUAACACUUUA